GUAGUGAAUGACCCCGGAAGAAAACGGAUGGUGGCGUAAGGUCAGUGACUGAGAAGGCGGCAUGGCGGAGAAGCUGGGGAAAGGGAGAACGAGUCAGAAGGCGCAGCACAAUGCAGAAAAAGCGGAGGCGGUUGCGAGCCCUGGGGAAGGUCAAGGCGCGCCCGUCCAGCCGGACCAGGUCCUCUUCCCACCGUCUUUCAGCGUCUCCGAAAUCAAGAACAAGCAGCGGCGUCAUUUCAUGUUUCUGCGCUGGAAGCAGCAGCAGAGGAAGGAGAAAUUAGCCAUCAAGAAAAAGCGAAAAAAGGAGCGAGAAGCCCUUGGAGACAAGGCACCACCAAAGCCAGUACCAAAGACCAUUGAAAACCAGCGGGUGUAUGAUGAAACCACAGUAGAUCCCAAUGAUGAAGAGGUUGCUUUGGAUGAAGCCACAGAUGAAUUUGCCCCCUACUUCAACAGACAGACCGUUCCAAAGAUUCUUAUUACAACUUCUGACAGGCCCCGAGGGAAAACGGUGAGAUUCUGUGAACAGUUAUCAAAGUGCAUUCCAAAUUCACACGUUUACUAUCGAAGAGGCCUGGCUCUUAAAAGAAUUAUUCCACAGUGUAUGUCGAGGGACUUCACAGACCUGAUUGUUAUCAACGAAGAUCGAAAAAUACCAAAUGGGCUUGUGUUAAGUCAUUUGCCUGAUGGUCCAACUGCUCAUUUUAGGAUGAGUAGUGUUCGUCUCCGUAAAGAAAUAAAGCGAAAAGGAAAAGCUCCCACAGAACACCAGCCUGAAGUAAUUCUGAACAACUUUACAACACGAUUAGGACAUUCUAUUGGUCGUAUGUUUGCUUCUCUCUUCCCUCAUGAUCCUCAGUUUGUUGGUAGACAGGUGGCAACAUUUCACAAUCAGAGGGACUAUAUCUUCUUUAGAUUUCACAGAUACAUCUUUAAAAAUGAGAAAAAAGUAGCAAUUCAAGAACUUGGCCCACGUUUUACUCUAAAACUGAGGUCACUUCAAAAAGGAACAUUUGAUUCAAAGUUUGGAGAAUAUGAAUGGAUUCACAAGCGCCAUGAAAUGGACACAAGUAGAAGAAAAUUCCAUCUAUAAAAGCAUCUACAGCAGGACAUGGGAAACAUGGAGCAGCUGUUCAAUUUCUGGUGAACUGCCAAAGACAUAGAACCUGAGUGGGUAUUGUCAGCCUGCUCUUAUGGUGCAAUAAAAUUUCAGCAGAAAACGGCCCUGUAUGGAUGAACAGUUAAACUGGACUACAGCCCUACACAUGCUAUUAUUUACAGAUGGCAGAUCUUACUGUAUGUUUCAGUGGUAACCAACUCCAUUAUCUGCUAGGAAUUUGUCCUCACUCCUUGGCUUAGGAAUUCUCAGAGAUGGCACAACAGCUUAUAAUAAUUUAACACAGUUGUUUACUGUACUUUACCUCUGAAGUGGACAGUCACAACUAGAAUUGUGCUUCUGUAGGUUGUAAUUGAACCUGAUCAAAUUA